ACCAUUCCCUCUUCAAAUUUGGAAUCAGCAGACAUCGAUAUCACCACGGAGACGUGCAUCAAUCAAGGUCUGCGGAGAUGGGGUCUAUUUUCAGAAUACUGGUGUUGAGUACACUAGUCCUUGAAGGUUUCUCUGCACCAUUACCACCUGUGGAGACGGUCAUGUUUUUCGGGGAGGACUUCCACAUCCAGCUCCCGGCGGGCGCUGCCAAAGUGGUGUUUGAGCGCACGGCCAGCGCAGGUGGUGGGGAGGUUGUCCUGAUGAAGGCCGGGGAGGCUCAGGGCCCCAGGGCCAGGCUGAACCAGCAGCAGAGCCACCUGGUCCUGGAGAACGUGGGCGAGAGCGACGAGGGGCUGUACACCGUCACCUCCGAGGACCCAGAGGACAACAGCACCAUCAGCAAGUCCUAUUCACUCAUAGUGAGGGACUGCUCCAAUGAGCACAGCGUCAUGUAUGGCGAGAACUUCCACAUUCUGCUCACCGGAGUGCCCCUUCCCAUCUCGGUCGAGUUCCGGCCCAUCGCUGUUGAGGCAAACCAGACGUCCCGGCCAGCUCUGACGCUCCUUGGCGACGAGUUUCAGGAAGGUUAUGAAAGCCGCCUGUCCGUCUCGGAGACCAGAGUUAAACUCACCGGUGUAACGGGAGCGGAUGAGGGCUCCUACACCAUUUUGGAUGAAAAUAAGAAAGUUCAGAAGAAGGUGUGCCUGAACGUUAAAGUGCAUCAGAACUUUCCAGAAGUGCCUGCUGGAGGGACUUUGAAGUUCAACCUCGUCCUGAACAGCUCCUUGGUGCGCAUCAAGUACACGCCUGCCAGCGACAGCAAGAAGUCCUUCGUGAUCAUGUCAAAGGGCGAUCUGACGAUCCCGGAGGAGCUGGACAUGCAGGACCGUCUCUCUGUGGAUGGCAACCUCUGCGUCUUGGAGAACGUGAAGGCCACUGAUGCUGGCGUGUUCCUGGUUACAGACCUUGAUGGCUCCCCCAUCGCUAACACCCACCUAAAAGUGGAAGACUUUAAACUGCCAACACUCUACAUCGCCAUAAUUGGCCUGAUAGCCUUGGUGGUACUUUUGCUCCUUGUGUGUCUGCUUGCCUGUCUACUGAAGAUCCGCAAAAGGGCGGAGAAGGCCCGGGCCAUUGAGAAGAUUGCAAAGAAUGCAGGGCAAGAGGAGGGGGAUGUCUUUCGACAGGUAGUGAAAGAGGCCUGCAAACAAGCUGAGGAUACGAAUGUUACGUCUCUGAAGGAGGACAACACGGAGAAGUCCCAGAGCACAGAGGUUAGCAUUAAGGGCCUGGAGGUGUCCUCAAAGGAGGUCACUGGCUUUGACAAGAACCUGGAGACCAGCGACUCGGGCGUUGGCUUCAACACCACUGCCCUGCCUCUGGACAGUGACACGGAAGCCCCCUCUGUGGCGCUGCAGCAUGACAGUGAUUUCCUGAGCACAUCAGCUGCACCCGAACCGAAGGCUGCCCCAACCCUGACGCCCGAGCCCAAACCAGCUCCCCCACCGACGCCUGAACCUAAAGCUUCUCCUCCUCCCCCCAAAUCCAAACCAGCUGCUCCCCCAACUCCGGAGCCCAAAGCCUCCCCACCCCCUGAGCCUAAACCGGCCGCAAGCCCAACUCCUGUGUCCAAACCACCUGCGAGCCCAACUCCUAUUUCCAAACCGCCUGCAAGCCCAACUCCUGAACAAAAACCAGCUGCAAGCCCAACUCCUGAACAAAAACCAGCUGCAAGCCCAACUCCGGAACUAAAACCGCCUGCAAGCCCAACUCCGGAACUAAAACCGCCUUCAAGCCCAACUCCUGAGCUAAAACCACCUACAAGCCCAACUCCCAUUUCCAAACCAGCUGCAAGCCCAACUCCUGAAUCUCCUAAAUUGGCUCCAACACCAGAACCGAAAUCACCAGCUCCUAAGUCUCCGGUUCCCGAGGCCAAGCCAGUGUCCACUCCUCCUCCCGAACCCAAGGUCACCUUGACACCACCCCCAGAGCCUAAACCUGCUGUUUCUCCAACUCUCCCUAAAUCCCCAGUCCCUGAGGCCAAGUCAAGUCCAAGUCCAACUACGCCGAAGGCUGUUGACGAGAAGCCAGCUCCACCAUCUCCCGUACCUGAAUUGAAGGCUCCUCCAUCACCCUCUCCUGAUCAGAAGCCGGUGACACCUGAGCCGAAACCACCUGCAAGCCCCGAACCAAAGGUUCUACUUACACCAACUCCCGGGUCUCCCAAGCCUGCCGUGAGCCCGACCCUGGAGACCAAAGCUCCUACACCGGAGCCUAAGCCAGCCUCAAGCCCCACUCCUGAUCCAAAGCCGGCGGUGUCACCAGCUGCUGCCGACUCCAAACCCACCACCAAUGGCACAACCGAGCCAGACAGCGAGUCCCCAGCUCCAGGACUGGAAUCUCCCAAAAUCGCCCCACCAAAGAGCCCUGGGAGCCCAGGGAUAAGUCUGGUGAAAGCACCCCCUCCUCCUGCAGACACGAGCUCAGACGGAGGUGCCGAACCACCAGUGACCAAUGACACCGCGCCCUCAGCAGCAGAGGAGACCACCACCUGA